AUGCAGCAAAAGGACUGGUCAAAGACGAAGGUCCACACCGGCUGGAAGUACGCCAUGGCAUUCCCUAGGCUUCCCGCCAAAGCGGCAUAUAUUCACCUGAACAACCCAAAGAAGCGCAAUGCACUCAGCCUGUCCGUCCUGCAGGACCUCCGCACGCAGCUCCAUCGCCACCUCACCUCGCCGAGGACAGGCCGCCUGCUGCUUCUGCCAUCCUUCAACCCACACACGAUCAAGCUCCUCAGAUCCCACAACGAUGCCAACAGCGACAACAGCGACAGCCCGUCCAAGUGGCUGACCGACAGCGCAGCCUGGCGCCGCGACCGCGAGGGCCUGCCCAACGUGCUCGUCCUCCGCAGCGAGGGCCCCGCCUUCAGCGCAGGCCACGACCUCGUGGAGCUGCAGCGCGCAUCCGACGACGAGGUGAAGAAGACAUUUGCGCUCUGCGCCGAGGUCAUGAUGCUCAUCCGCCGGUCCCCGGCCCCCGUCGUCUGCCCCGUCCAGGGCCUCGCCACCGCCGCGGGCUUCCAGCUCGCCAUGACCGCCGACUACCCCAUCGCGCUGGGGAGCACCAUGUUCCAGCUCCCCGGGAUGCGCAUCGGCCUGCCCUGCACCAGCCCCGCGACUGCGGUCUCCCGGCGCCUGCCCGCGGCCCUGGCAUACCGCCUGUUCGCCACGGGGGAGAGCAUAUCCGCCGGGGAGCUGGGCGCCGGCGUGCUGGAUGUCGUCCCCGUGCCUGAGCACGCCGAGUCCACCGACACGGCCGCGGUUGCGUUUGAGGCCAGGGUGGAGGCGGUGGUGAGCAGGCUGGCGGAGGAGACUGCGGGCCAGCCGCAGGCUUUCGGGAAGUGGGCUUACUGGGCGCAGUUGGCGGUUGACAACCGGGAUGAGGGAGACUUUAUGGACGAUUACGAGGCUGCCUCGCGCUGGGCGGGGGGCGUUAUGGCAAUGCACGCGCAGAGUGAGGAUGCCAAUGAGGGCAUAAACGCUUGGAAGGAGAAAAGAAAGCCUGAAUGGAAGACAUGA